AUGACUUCAACGCGUCCGCUUCCCGAGCGCAUGAACCCGCUCCUCGAGCCGACCGAUAGCACGGCCAUCGAGAUCCUCAUUGAGAGGCGCCGCCUGGGCCAGACGAAUCUCGGAACCAAGACUGGCGCCACCGGCCUGACGAGCGCAACAAAGCCGCAGAACAGCGGCAUGUUCGACUACGCGCAUCUGCGCGUGCCGCUCCCCAAGGACCUCUCGGGCUCGGAAAUCUUCAUGCCCGGCCCCAGCGGAUACCCAGUAUCCUACUUCUUAAUGCGACGCAGCAGCGAUGGCUACAUCAGCGCGACCGGAAUGUUCAAGGCUGCAUUCCCCUGGGCUACGCUCGCUGAGGAAGAGACCGAGCGCCGCUACCAGAAGACGUUCCCCUCGGCAGGCCCUGAUGAGGUCGCCGGCAGCGUCUGGAUCGCGCCAGAGGAGGCACUCUCACUAGCUGACGAGUACUCGAUGCGCCACUGGCUCCUGGCAUUGCUCGACAACGAGCCAAUCGAGAAGGGCGCAAAGGAUAAGCACAGUGUGCACGUCCAGGCGCCUCCCAAGUUCGAUCUGCGAAAAGCCCAAAACGUGAAGCUCCCACCGCACACCGCGGUCCGCUCGACCCGCGCACGAUCCACGAGGAGUGUUUCGCCCAGCAAGUUGGCUACGCCGAGCCGCAAGAUGGCAACCCCUCGCAAGUCACGCGCCACCCGCGGUCGUUCCGAGGCCAUGAGGGCCGAGGAGAUCUUCCAGAGCACCGCGACCGAGUCGCCAUCGUCUGCUUUGGUAUCAAAUGGCUUCAAACAGUCAGACUCGGUUGCUUCGGCAGUAAAUGGCGACGUCAAGGAGGCGCAGGAAGGCGAGGUCAAGUCGGAGACGGUGCGCAUUGAGGUCAAGGAGACAGUCGAGCAGAAGGGCGAUUCCGAAGUCACAACGACAAACGUCCAGAUCGACGUGCCAGCGUCACACCCGGAGCUCCGCGAGCCCGAGGAUCCCACCAAGAUGAUUGAGGAGGCCAAGCGCAUGGUCGAAGAGGCACGAGAGCUGGACGCUGGCGCAUCGAGCGCGCCCCAGUCGUCGAAGCGAAAGGUGGAGGAGGUUCUCGAUGCCGAGGACCUUGAGCUCGAGCGACCUGCCAAGCUUACCAAGAAGCUGUACACCACAGAGCAGAAGCUCACAAAGGAAAAGGUCACAAGAAGAGCACUUGUCGGGCUUACCGUCAUGGCAGCGCUUGGCACGGCUAUCCAGUACUUUGCGGUAUAG